GAAAUAAUACUCCUUGGAUUUGAAAACCUGCAAGAUUUCAAGUAUUUAGUUUUCUUUUUGUUCCUCGUCAUCUACCUAGUGACUGUUACUGGAAAUGUUGUCAUUAUUCUAUUGGUAUUGAACAGUCAUCGUCUUCGAUCGCCCAUGUUCUUCUUUCUUGGUCACCUCUCAUUUUCGGAUGUGUUACUGACUUCAAAUAUUGUUCCAAGCAUGCUCCACAUAAUAUUAUCCGGAGGUGGCAUUGUGCUGCUUGGAGGUUGUAUGACUCAGUUCUUCUUGUAUGGUUCUUCAGCAACCACAGAAUGUCUUCUCCUCUCGGCCAUGUCCUACGACCGAUACCUUGCCAUAUGUAAGCCACUGCAUUACACAACAAUUAUGGACCUUAAACUCUGCUUCUAUCUGGUUCUCAUUUGUUGGUCUUUAGGAUUUGCCAUAACCCUCAUUCCAGUUUUCUUAAUGCAGACUUUGUGGUUCUGUGGCCCGAAUGUGAUUGACCACUUCUUCUGUGAUCUUGGCCCACUGCUUGAAUUGUCCUGUUCAGAAGUUUCCAUAGUGAAAUAUGAAGUGUUCGUAUUUUCUAGUCUCCUGACAAUUGUUCCAUUUGUGUUCAUCACCGUGACGUAUGUGUACAUUUUUCUGACCAUCCUGAAGAUAACUUCAGCCACCGGGAGACAGAAGACCUUCUCCACCUGUAGCUCCCAUCUGGCCGUUGUAUGUACCUAUUAUGGGGCACUGUUUGUCAUGUAUGUGGUUCCUUCAAGAGGACAGUCGUUGAACAUGAACAAGGUGGUAUCUCUGAUGUACACUGUGGUCACCCCAUUGUUUAACCCUAUAAUAUACAGUCUGAGGAACCAAGAAAUAAAAUCAGUCAUACAGAAAUACAUAUUUCUCACAGCCACCGUGAAAAUAUCUAGUGUCAGCUGGUGUAUGUGCAUAGACGGAGUGGUGACCUCACCUUUCCAUCAUGAGACAGUGCUUGGGCCUAGUGACUAG